AUGGCAGCUGACUUGCACAACAUCGGGCCGGAGACCGGGGAUUUGCUCACUGUACCGGUGUGAACCUGAGAAGAAGUAGCCUAGCACACGGAUCCGGUGAGUUACUUAUUUAUCUACAUUUCAUGUUUCGAUAUAAGAUAGAUUUUUGGUGACAAAUACAUUUUUUAUUAUUACAUCCUGUCAAAGUUAUGGUAAGUUUGGAUAUGACUGAUGAGGAAGCAGAAUAGCCUAACAGCCCAUUCAUCAAUAUCCAUUUGAUUUAACUGUUCAUCAUUACCAUCAUCACAAGGUAAUACUGGUAUAGCCUAAUAACAAAUUAUUCACUAAUGUACAGUCCAUCUCUCUCUCUCUCUCUCUCUCUAUUCUCUCUCUCUCUCUCUCUCUCUCUCUCUCUCUCUCUCUCUCAUAAGCAAGCAACGCUGUUUUAUAGUGUUGUCACUGUACUGUUGUAAACAUAGGCUCUCACUGUUAUCUCAGUACACCUAUGGCUCUGUUUGAAUAUUUUCUUCUCCUGGGCUGGAAGAUGUUCAAAAAGCAGGGACACUGAAUGGAUAAGCAGGAUUGUACACACACACACACACACACACACACACACACACAGACACACACACACACACACACACACACACACACACACACACACACACACAUAUUGAAAUGUGUGUUCUCUCACCAUGGGGUUUAGGGUGCUGCUGUGCUGAGAGCAGUCCUAGGCUACGUCCCAAAUGCCAUCCUAUUCCCUAUAUAGUGCUCUACUUUUGACCAGAGUACUAAUCACCUGCUGUAGUUAGUGCUUUAAUCAGGAGUUAUUAACAAGCCAGUGGUGGGUAUCAGACCUGCGUGUAAAUACAAUUUAAAAUCAUUUCAAAUUUUUUAGCUGGGCUUGAUUGACCUUAACUGGCGCAAUGGAACCAAUAGAACAGUUGCAAAAGUGCAAACCCCGCCCAUCUGGCACUGCCAGCAGGCUGAAGCAAACGCUAAAAUUAUUUUAAGGAUUUCUAAUAGUAUUUGAACCCAGGUCUGGUGGGUGUUUGGCUGCUCCUGAAGAGUCAGACAGCUCAAUGUGUUGUUCAAUCUGAGAGUACAGCAUACCUUAAUUCCAUCCGCACUUAUUUUCUUUCAAUCAGUCACACUUGUAAUCUUGUAUUCAGUCUUGUUUUCCAGCUCUGAGCAUUAGUUGAGCUUUUCAUUCACCAUUGUUCACCUUAAAUAUUUUCUUUAGUGUUUCCUGCACAUGCAAAAUACCAACCGUAAUCUGUAUUCUGUCUUUGCGGAAAUGAAGAACUUGAAACAAAUCUAGACAAUGGUAUCUUGAUUUAAGAGAGUGUCAGAGCCUACGGUCAUAUUUAAUUUGUGGAUGAUUAUGGUUCUAUUCUUUCACUCAAGUAAAGGCAUCUCACUGUUAAGUGAAAAGAGACUAAUUAUAAUUCAGUCUUCUGUAAAAGGAGAGGUUUAAAGAAGUGUGCAUUAACGGAACAGUUCAGUCUGUCUUGCUGAAUUUCUUGCACACAGGGAGACAAAUUAUACUAGGUAAGGACUGGAUAGGAAGGUAUUUCUGUCUGACCUGACGGACGAUGAGGCGGAGCACGUUCUACAGGUAGUGCAAAGGGACAUGAGGCUCUGAAAGAAAGAGGACGAGCGCCUCAGGUGAGUUUGGACCUUUGCACCAUAUAGUUGGAUCGGAAUCAGAAUCACCUUUAUUCGCCAAGUACAUUUACGCAUACCCAGAAUUUGACUUAAUGAGCUGGUGCUGCCAGCAAUAAACAUAGUACACAAGACAGAAUACAGACAUGGAGUUUGCACUACAUACAUUAUAUACAAUAGAAAUACAGUUAACAUAGAUACUUAGAGGGUAAGUACAUUUACAGUGAGGAAUGCAAUUUACAGUGGAAAUAUAUCUAUGUACAGUGCAUUCUGAAAGUAUUUCGACCCCUUGACUUUUUCCACAUUUUGUUACGUUACAGCCAUAUUCUAAAACGGAUUAAAUAAAUAAAAAUCUUCAUCAAUCUACACACAAUACCCCAUAAUGACAAAGUGAAAACAGGUUUUUAGAAAUGUUUGUAAAAAAUUAUAAUAAUACAAACAUAAAACGUUUUUACAUAAGUAUUCAGACCCUUUGCUAUGAGACAUGAAAUUGAGCUUAGGUGCAUCCUGUUUCCAUUGAUCAUCCUUGAGAUGUUUCUACAACUUGAUUGGAGUCCACCUGUGGUAGAUUCAAUUGAUUGGACAUGAUUUGGAAAGGCACACACCUGUCUAUAUAAGGUCCCACAGUUGACAGUGCAUGUCAGAGCAAAAACCAAGCCAUGAGGUCGAAAGAAUUGUCCGUAGAGCUCCGAGACAGGAUUGUGUCGAAGCACUGAUCUGGAGAAGGGUACCAAAAAAUGUCUGCAGCAUUGAAGGUCCCCAAGAACACAGUGGCCUCCAUCAUUCAUAUAGUAACAAAAAUACUAGGAGUAUCUAAGGUGGAAAUAAAAAUGAAUACUUAUACACUGUACAUACCCUACUUGUAUAAUGGGACGUCGCACAAUUCAAGUGAUAAUUGGAUGUCUGUCGUCUGUGACUGUAGUUUUCCUGACUAUUUAAUUUGACCUGGAAAAACUCCUGUCCCUAGAGAUGACCUGUUACCACACACACACACACACACACAUCUAAGAAGCCCUAGCACCCUCUCCAGCCUCCUCAGCUUAAUUAAACAAUCAGAUUAAAGCCUGGUGGGAGGACUCCUGUCCAAUCAGAUUAAAGCCUGGUGGGAGGACUCCUGUCCAAACAGAUUAAACCCUGAUGGGAAGACUCCUGUCCAAUCAGAUUAAAGCCUGGUAGGAUGACUCCUGUCCAACUUUAACACUGCUCCAUGUUUCAAUCUUAAUUUAGUCAUAUUCGUUAGCCAGCUGGCAAAUGUCUGCAAUUACUUUAGCCUGUGAUUGUUACCAUGGCCCUGAUAGCUCCCCACUGAUUGGUCAGCUGCAAUUAGUUGUUGGUUUACUGAACUGGGGUGGUUGCAGGAAUUCUCAGUUUGGGGUUGAGGCAUGAGAAACAUGGUUUAAUUACUCAUAAUUAGAGCUGGGAGCUGACCAUGCGACCUGACUAGGAAAACCUCUGGGCCCUGGCUAGUUGUAGGCUGUUACUAGAGCCUAUAGUUUUUCCUGGGCAGGUCAUGUGCUUGGAAAAAACCACUAGCCCGACACAUAAUUCAAGAGGGUAUUGUUAUUGUCAGUUCUGUUUGUGUGGAAUAAUAAUGUCCUUACCUGAGCAAGCCUGGCAUGGCUGGCAUCGGCUCUACAGUGGCACCAGUGGACACACACUACUUGGCCCACAGCACCUCACAAAUGUAUUUGUCAGAUGUGCCGAAUACAACCGUGAAAUGCUUACUUACAAGCCCUUAACCAACAAUGCCGUUUUAAGAAAAUAGAGUUAAGAAAAUAUUUACUAAAUAAAUUAAAGUGAACAAUUAAUUAAAAAGUAACACAAUAAAAUAAUAAUAACGAGGCUACAGGGGGUACUGGUACCGAGUCAAUGUGCGGGGGUGCCUCUGGUUCAUGCAUUCACGUGCAGGUUGUGCAUUCCACAUAGAUGGGGAAUCCGACCUGAGUUAAGCGCAUGUAAAUGGAACGUAAUUCAAUUUGUAUGCACUAUUUACCUGCUAUUUGUUCUAGGUGGAGAUCUAAGAAAUGAAGGCGUGGCGGAGGUGUGUCUACAAAUACGCCGUAUUCUGACCUUGACUUAAUUCCCUAAUAAUUCCACCACCUUUUACGUGCGAAGAAACCAUGAAUAAGGUUGUGCGAACCUACCGGUUCUAAGUGGAAAAAGCGUAUACUCUUUAUUUUUUCCAAUAGAAUCUCCCCACUGGACACAGACGUCAGUUCAACGUCUAGUUUUGAUUUACAUUCAGUUGAGUUGUCAACUAACGUGAAUUCAAUGUGAAAUCAACUAACAAUGUCACCAUGUCAUUGGAUUUAGGUUAAAAGUUGGGUAAAAGAAAGACGAAAUUCCCUUAUGUUGAUGACUUUUUGUCAAUUCAAAUCAGUUUUCCACAUUUAUUCAACGCCAUCACAUUUAUUUUAUUUUAAUUUUUUUAAAUGACGUGGAAACAACAUUGAUUCAACCAGUUUUUGCCCCUUGGGUCCAUGCACUGUUAUUUAUAUAUUGAUAAGAGAUAUUGAUAAGAGCUAGGUAAAUGAGUAAUCCGUUUGAAGAAGGCGAUUGUAAAUACACAAUGCAAAUGUUUUAGAUUAUUUUUCCUUAUGAUCCCUGGAGACGAAUGUGAAACCAGUCAUAUGGAAGCAAACUGAAAAUCAUAUCAACAUGACAUGUAUUGUGGCCCCCUUUCCCACAGUGAAGUAUGUUAUAAAUAGCUAUGCUGUUAUUCCGAUUUUUUUAUUGUAUGCCCUCAUAAAUUACAAGGAUGAAGUUUGGAGACCCUGGCUUUUCUCCGUUUUAUUUUACAAUUUGUAUCAUGUAUCAUAUCAUCCCCUAUUGGGAGCCACCAUCAGUAAUACCCACAUACAUUUAUAACUGUCACUUUAGUGUUAGUUUCCUUCAAUUUGUAGCCUACAUUUAGCAUAAUUCCAUUCCAUUCCUUUCUUUCCUCUGUCACGUCCAUUUGUUUGUUCCUGAGGGUCACUAGCAGUAGUGGAUGAUAUUGCAUAUAUUUAAAUGGCUUUCUUUCAUUGAUCCCUAUAUUCUGAAGCCAUUCUCUCGAUCUCUUCUAGUGAAUCUGUCAACAACAUUUUAAUUAAAAGUAGAAGUAUUUAAAGGAAUGGCUUAAGAUAAAUGUACUGAAAACCCUAUUGAAUGCAAACUCCACAAGAAAAUCUGUUGGCCAGCAAGUGGGCCCAUACUGAAUACAAAGAGCAUCUAAGGACAAACCCAUGAGCUUGGCAGGUCAGACAAGGAAACAUUGUGUCUUCUGCAUUUGGACGAUUAUGGGACACACAGACACGAACACACACACACACACACACACACACACACACACACACACACACACACACACACACACACACACACACACACACAACUGAUUGGGAGUGUGUAGGAGUGAAGUUGUUUUCAGUAGACUGCCAGAGUUGUCUGAGGAUAAUUGUGUUUGACAUAGCUCAGGUCACUAGGAGUCUUGUUUUCUGCCUUCAGCUAGAAAGUCCUCCUGCUGUGGAACUGCACUGCUGUCUUUGUGUGUACGGUAUUUUAACUCCCUACAUUACUACAGUAGCCUGGGAAUCUACCAUAAGAAACAGGGCUCCAUAUGACCAUUUGACCUCAAUGAAACUGCAGUGAUCUCCACAAAAAAAUACCUAGAUACUUACAAUAUUGCAGCAGUGUAAUGUGUAAUUUUUAUAUUGGCCUCUGCUGUAAUGGGGUCAGACCCAGCACUCUGGCAGGCCAGUGCAUCCGUGGUGUAGUAUUACUUCAUUACGUAAUCUUUGUUUAUUCAUGCCUUUAAUUUUUUCAUCCUGAGCAUCUAAACUGUUAAGAUUAUCCCCUGUGUCAUCUGCCCUCUCUCUCUCUCUCUCUCUCUCUCUCUCUCUCUCUCGCUCUUUCUCUCUUUCUCUCUUUCUUUCUCCUCCCUGAUUCAGUCAGGGUGAUUCUGAUGGACAAGAAACAAAUUGGAUUUGCUAUUUUGUUUGUAUCGCCCAAACGGUGUAAUAGAAGACCAGUUCUUCUAUUCCUCCUCUGUUCCUCUGGUGAUGUAGAGGUUAACCCAGGCCCUGUAGCCCCCAGUAUCACUCCUAUCCACCAGGCGCUAUCAUUUGUUGACUUCUGUAACCGUAAAAGCCUUGGUUUCUUGCAUGUUAACAUCAGAAGUCUCCUCCCCAAGUUUGAGUUAUUCACUGCGUUAGCACACUCUGCCAACCCUGAUGUUCUAGCAGUGUCUGAAUCUUGGCUCUCCGUCUAGAUAGAACUGCCAAAGGGGGCGGAGUUGCAAUCUACUGUAGAGCGCUAUCAUACUAUCCAGGUCUGUGCCCAAAGAGUUUGAGCUUCUACUUCUAAAAAUCCACCUUUCCAGAAAUAAGUCUCUCACUGUUGCCGCUUGCUACAGACCCCCCUCAGCCCCCAGUUGUGCCCUGGACACCAUAUGUGAAUUGCUUGCCCCCCAUCUAUCCUCAGAGUUUGUACUGCUUGGUGACCUAAACUGGGAUAUGCUUAACACCCCGGCCGUCCUACAAUCUAAACUAGAUGCCCUCAAUCUCACACAAAUAAUCAAGGAACCUACCAGGUACAACCCUAAAUCCAUAAACAUGGGCACCCUCAUAGAUAUCAUCUUGACUAAUUUACCCUCUAAAUACACCUCUGCUGUCUUCAACCAGGAUCUCAGCGAUCACUGCCUCAUUGCCUGCGUCCGUAAUGGGUCCACCCCUCAUCACUGUCAAACGCUCCCUAAAACACUUCAGCGAGCAAGCCUUUCUAAUUGACCUGGCCCGGGUAUCCUGGAUGGAUAUUGACCUCAUUCCGUCAGUAGAGGAUGCCUGGAUGUUCUUCAAAAGUGCUUUCCUCUCCAUCUUAAAUAAGCAUGCCCCAUUCAAAAAAUUCAGAACUAAGAACAGAUAUAGCCCCUGGUUCACCCCAGACUUGACUGCCCUUGACCAGCACAAAAACAUCCUGUGGCGUACUGCAUUACAUCGAACAGCCCCUGCGAUAUGCAACUUUUCAGGGAAGUCAGGAACCAAUAUACACAAUCAGUUAGGAAAGCAAAGGCUAGCUUUUUCAAACAGAAAUUUGCAUCCUGUAGCACUAACUCCCAAAAGUUUUGGGACACUGUAAAGUCCAUGGAGAAUAAGAGCACCUCCUCCCAGCUACCCACUGCACUGAGGCUAGGAAACACUGUCACCACCGAUAAAUCUACGAUAAUCGAGAACAGUAGUGUGUAGUCAUAAAAACUCAAAAAGUGAGGGUGUGGCCAUCCUGUUCUCAAAAGGGUUUUUGCCUUUGUCAUAUGAGGUUGAAGAGGUAAUUGAGGGGAGGUUAUUAAAAGUUAGAGUGAGGUAUGAAAACAUCACUAUGUGUCUGAUAAAUGUAUAUGCCCCAGUGGUGGCAGUUGAGAGGGUAUGUUUUUUAGAGACAUUAUCAAAUACCAUUGAGAAAUGUAAUACUGAGGAUUAGUUAUUUCUUGCUGGGGAUUUCAACUGCACAGUCAGUGAUUUAGAUAGAAAUCACAAAGAACCUCAUAUAGCCUCAAGGACUUUUAAAAAACGCCUCACACAUGAACUGUGUGAUAUUUGGCGGAGUCAACAUGGAGGCACGAGACAGUACACAUGGGCUCAUGUGAGAGAGAACACCAUGUCUCUGGCCAGAUUAGCUAGGUUUUAUUGUUUUGAGCAUCAAUCUCAGGUCUUUAAAUCAAGUGUGAUAACCCCAGUGGGAUUUUCAGAUUAUUGUUUAAUAACAGAAAUAAGUUUAAUUAACGCUGUCAGUUUCAUUAACACUGUAAAACCCAAAAGUGCAUACUGGCAUUUUAAUACAACUUUAUAGAGUGAUACUCACUUCAGGAAAUGUUUUUGUUUUUUCUGGGAGAGGUGGAGGUCUCAAAAGACCCGUUUUGUAUCCCUUCAAGAGUGGUGGGAUAAAGGGAAAAUCCAGAUUCAACAAUUCUGUAAUCAAUACACAAUGAAUGUGUAUGGCCCAUGGGGGGCCAGUAUGAAAAAUGUAUGCACUCACUAACUGUAAGUCUCUCUGGAUAAGAGCGUCUGCUAAAUGACUAAAAUGUAUAAAUGUAAUGUCACCAAAGACAUCACCAGAUCAAUGAAAGCCCUAGAGUUUGAAAUAGUGGAACUCCUGUUGUUGGUUGAGACCACAGGAGACGAGGCCAUACUCAGGCCCUCGAGGAAAAAAGCAGCAUUGGCAGACCUGCUGGGUAUCAGAUCACAGGGGGCAUUGGUGUAAAGUAAGUUUCAGGGAAUCUCUGAAAUGUUUCUUUGGUUUAGAGAAAAAUAAUGGACAAAGAAGAAUUAUUCAUUGGGCUUCCCGUUGACUUUGUUAAGUCUUUUUGGGCUAUGUUGGGAGAGGAUUGACUAGCAGUAGUUAACAAUAGUUUGACUGGAGGGUUACUACCGAUAAGCUGCAGGAGGGCUGUCCCUACUGCAGGAGGGCUCACCCUACUGCCAAAAAAGGGUGAUCCUAGGGAGGUGAAGAACUGGAGGCCAGUGGCUUUAUUGUGCACUGAUUAUAAGAUCCUGUUGAAGGCUUUGUCCAACAGGCUGAGGGAGGUGAUGGGGCAAAUCAUACAAAAGCACCAGUCUGACUGUGUUCCCAGCCGGCAGAUAGGGGAUAACAUUUCUCUGAUUUGGGAUUUUUUGGACGUCUCUAGGGCUAUUACUGAUGAUGUCGUUAUUUUAGUGAAAAAUCAAGCAGAGGUGGAUAGUUUGAGUCUCAUGGUUGAUCGGUUUAGGGGAAUAUCCUCUGCAAAGGUAAAUAUCUCGCUUCAUCCUCUUCCCUCUCGCAGCGCAGGCAGGGCACCCACCUCCACAACACCUCGAGGCGCGCGCGCGCGCGGUCUAGCGCGAGAGCGAGCGCAGCGCGCCGCUCGCGUCUCUCUCUCUCGUCCCCCCCUCAACCGUAAAACCGCAGCCUCCUCUCUCUCUUUCUCUCUCUCUCUCGCGCUCUCUGUCUCUCUCUCCUUCUCUCUCUCCCUCUCUCUACUUCUUGCUCUCUCUCUUUCAUCCUCUCUCUCCUCUCUCUGUCUCUCUCUCAUCUCAGCCCGUCUCCAACCCUCCCACCCUCCUACCCUCCUCCACCUACCCUCCUCCACCUCUCUCCUAUCUCUCAUCCUCCUUUCCUUCCCCCCAUCCCCCCCCCCCCCCCCAUCCUCCCUCGCUCUCUUUCAUCCUCCCUCAGUGACCUGAAGCAGGAGCUUUACAAGGAGGGCAGUCGCUGCUCCCUGCUCUCCCGGCAGCAUCGCUUCAACGAGCGCCGCUGCAUCCGCUGCAGCUCUCCCUUCACCUUCCUGGUCAACCUCAAGCGCCAGUGUCUGGACUGCCAGUACAACGUCUGCAAUACCUGCAGCUCCUACAGCAAGAAAGACAAAGCCUGGGUCUGUUCAGCGUGCCAGAAGGGCAGGUCAGUGUGGAGGGGUGUGUUUCUGCCAUUUUGUUAGUCCCCACAAGGUCAAAUGCUAUUUCUAGGGGAUUUAAAAUUAGGUUUAGGUUAGGGUUAUGAUCUAGGGUUAGUUUUAGGGUUAGGGUAAGGGUAAGGUUAGGUUUUGGGGUUAAGGUUAGGAUUUUGAAUGGGACUGAAUUGUGUGUCCCCACAAGGUUAGUUGUACAAGACUGUGUGUGUGUGUGCAUGAGUGUGCAUGAGUGUGCAUGAUUGUGCAUGAUUAAGUGUGUGCGUGCUUGUGUGUGUGUGUGUGUGUGCGUACGUGUACCUUAUAUCCUAUUUACCAAGGGGUGAAUGACAGUGAUGAUCUUUAUCAGCUAUGUAAGCUUGUGUUGAGCCUCAGACCUCAGUGACUAAGAUGUAUUUAGUAUUGGAGACGUCAGGUAGCCACAGGGUGUACUGAUAGUUGUUAUAAACAUGUCAUCUCCACAGUCUCCUCUCUCAGGCGUCACCGACUGUGACACCUGUUGACAGCCUGUGUCAGCUUAGUUUAUACUCACUAUGGCAUGUACAAACACACACACACACACACACACACACACACACACACACACACACACACACACACACACACACACACACUGUCACACCUGAAAACUGCAAAUGCAACUCACAUAUUUACUAAGUAUACCACCAGUGUAUGUACAUUGCACACAUUGUUAGCGUGCAAAUAUACCAUUCGUUAUAGGGAAAUAAUGCAUGCUCUAGAAUGCCCUUCAAGCCAAUCAGAAACAAGUAUUCAACAAUGCCAUGGUAUACUGUAUGAUAAAAGAGGGAAGAUGACCCUAUAAGACUCUCUGACCACCAGUGUUGGUUGCAGUUUGUUUGCUUUAGGUAACACUGCUCUUUGGUAAAGGAUUUAAGUAAAUCCACAAUUCUCCCAAUUGAUUUGAUCUUUCAUUCGGUUCAAGGUAUUGUAGCAAAUUCGGGGGGUAGCCUUGACCGGGACUCGAACCCAGGUCCAGUGACUGUCAAGCCAACACCUUAAAGCGAUACUUUGGGAUUUUGGCAAUGAGGCCCUUUAUCUACUUCCCUAGAGUCAGAUGAACUCGUGGAUACCAUUUUUAUGUCUCUGUGUCCAGUAUGAAGGAAGUUAGAGGUAGUUUCGCUAACCAAUGCUAACUAGCAUUAGCACAAUGACUGGAAGUCUAUGGGUAUCUGUUGAACUAAUGUAACAGUUAAUACAGGGUUAAUCUGGGUUGUUGUGUCCAGUAAUGCAGUAAUGGUUAAAUCAUGUCAGUCCUCGGGGAACACAACCUCUGUGUUGUGUUGAAGAAGCAAGCUACUACUGUAUCACAAUCCGGCCGUGAUUGGGAGUCCCAUAGGGCAGCGCACAAUUGGCCCAGCGUCGUCUGGGUUUGGCCGGGAUAGGCCGUCAUUGUAAAUAAGAAUUUGUUCUUUACUGACUUGUCAGUAAAGAAAGGUAAAUAAUAUUAUUUACAAUGACGGCCUACCCCGGCCAUAUUAUUUAUGAUCCAUGUCCAGUGCUGCUUUGCAUACAGUAUACAGCAUACGGCAUACACUGAGUGUACAAAACAUUAUGAACACCUGCUCUUUCCAUGACAGACUGAGUGAAUCCAGGUGAAAGCUAUGAUCCCUUAUUGAUGUCACUUGUUAAAUCCAUUUCAAUCAGUGUACAUGAAGGGAAGGUGAAAGGUUAAAUAAGGAUUUUUAAGCCUUGAGACAAUUGAGACAUGGAUUGUAUAUGUGUGCCAUUCAGAGGGUGAAAAAAUAUUUAAAUGCCUUUGAACAGGGCAUGGUAGUAGGUGCCAGGCGCACCGUUUUGUGUCAAGAACUGCAACGCUGCUGGGUUUUCCACGCUCAACAGUUUCCCAUGUGAAUCAGGAAUGGUCCAUCACCCAAAGGACAUCCAGCCAACUUGACACAACUGUGGGAAGCGUUGGAGUCAACAAGGGCCAGCAUCCCUGUGGAACGCUUUCGACACCUUGUAGAGUCCAUGCCCCGUCGAAUUGAGGCUGUUCUGAGGGGGGUGCAACUCAAUAUUAGGUAUUCUUAAUGUUUUGUACGCUCAGUGUAUGUCUGCUAGUGAUGCGUGGGUUGACUCAUAACCCGCAGUCCCUACUGUUAUAUCCACGGGGCGGAUGAGUUUAGGGUCAUUAAAUAUUGAAUAAAGAGAAACAAUACCACAAAAAAUCCAUUAAUGUAUCAUUAUUGUGCAAUUAAUAUCUAUAGGCUACAUUGAGGUUUUUCUUUCAUUAUUUUAGGCUAACUGGUAUUAGUGCAUAAGCCUAAACGUUAGGGCUUAACUGUACGUGUGCCAAAUAGCCUACAGUACACAGCCAAUCGCCAAAUGAUGCUUUUGGGUAUGAGCAGAAAAAGUUAAAGUAAAUCCACGGAGGCAAAAAGGACAUUGUCGAAGUUUAAUUCUAUAAGACAAAAGCUGCGAAAGGAGAGUUGAAAAUAAAGAGAAGGGAGGGCCAGAAAAGUAAUGUUUGGAAAAGAUUUGGUGAAGUGGUAAAAGAGGAUGAUAGCAGUGUGGUUAUGUAUGUUAUGUGUGAAGCAUUGUGAGGCGCUAUACAAAUUCGACAGUCACAAGAUGGGACUUCAAAUAGGCCUAUGGCAUGUCAAGGGGACUGUAGCCUACAGUUAAGAUGGGUUAAAUGGAAACUGAAAACUGGACACUGACUGUAGGUCUAUACCUCUCAAAUAGCCUUAAUAAUAACUCCUGUAGAACUAAUCAUUUAUUUCAGUGAAAUGAUACACUAAAUGCAAGCAAAAUUUUGACUUGGGAACAGGAGUGGAGAAAUAUGAUUUCUUUCUUUCUGCAUCAGAGAAUGCAAUGCUCAGUUAGAUACCAUCUGUAUAGGUGCUGUCUUCAUCAUAAAAGCAUAAUAAAAGCUGAUAAUAUUUCAACAACAUAAAAUAUGCAUCAAAGCCGAACUGAAAUCUUAUCAGAAACACGUUGGGUCGUUUUCACAGCUUUCUUUUUCAUUACAACCGGUCAAACUGAUGUCAUUUGGACAUUUUGCACAGAACAUUUUUCCCGUUUUUUUUUUGUUCUUGUAUUUUUUCCCCAGUCCCUAAAUGUCUUUGCUCCUCGAAAGAUGACAGAGAAAACUUGACAGAUGUCAACUAGAUUGAAGCAUUCAUUCUGUCGAUCUAUUACAUUAUUCUGUUAAGCAAGGGUUCAUUUAGUCUUCUAGGGCAACAUAUAAUGACAAAAGAGAAGCUACAUGUAUCUAAUUAUAGACAAGUUGACUAACAAAUAGCCAUACAAAAUGCUGGAAAUUAUAAGCAACAUAUCUAAAUCAGGCAAAAUAAAAUCCUGCACCCCCUGUCAAAAAAAUUGUUGGGCCAUCUGACUGUAACCUAAUGCAUUUUCUAUAUUUGCGGGUUAGGGUUGGGUGCGGGCCUCAGAUUUUCAAUAUAUCACAUAUAGUCGGGCGGUUGCGGAUGGGUUAUUAGCAAUUGCGGGCGGGUGCUGGUGAAAAAACAACUGAACCACGCACCACUAAUGUCUGCAAUCAGAAGAGUGAGGUCUCCCACAGUAAGUUGGCAGAGGUUCAACAAGGUGAGAUGAGGGUGUGUGUGUGUGUGUGUGUGUGUGUGUGUGUGUCUUGCCUUCAGGGCCAUGGACCCCUUGACUCAGAGGAUGUGGUAACACACACUCAACACCGACAUACGCUCUACACAUUGUUAGUGGAUUGCACAAAAUAUCCUACCAAUAGAAUACUCCCAAAAGUGCAAACACCACCAGUAACUGUACUGUAGAAAGAAACAUUGUAUAAAAUGGUAUGUCAACACUGGUCUGCUAAAUACAGUAUGUACAGUAUAACUGGCAUCUCAACAGUCCUCUCUCUGUUCUCUCUCUGUUCUCUCUCUGUUCUCUCUGUUCUCUCUCUCUCUCUCUGGGGGGUUAUAGACCGUUCUCUCUGGCGGGUUCUCUUCUGAGCGGGGAGGCGGGCUCUCUGUUGCCUGACUCUCUCUCUUCGAGGUUCCUCUCUCUUCUCUCUUUCUCUCUGUUCUCUAUCUUCUCUCUCUCUCUGUUCUCUCUGUUCUCUCUGUUCUCUCUGUGUUCUCUCUCUGUUCUCUAUGUUCUAUCUGUGCCAGGCUUCUAAAGACCCAGUCCCUGGAGUGGUACUACAACAAUGUGAAGUGUCGCUUCAAGAAGUUUGUUAGUGCCAAGGUAAUGAAGACAAUAUACAGAAAACACCUGGCGGAGCACGGAACGCUGGGAGAACUCACAGGUACUGGACUGGUGUUUGGUACUGCUGUUACUGGGACAUUAGCGUCGACCAUAAUAGUGUGAAGGCUCUCUGCUUGUGUCUAGUGUCAUAUCUUAGCAGCCUUGUAUGGUGUACACUAGAUUCAUUCAGGACAGGCUGUGUGUGUGUGUGGUGCUGUAGGGCUGUUCCACAGUGUGUAUGCGUAUGUGUAUGGGUGUUUGAACAUGUGCACUAGGGGUGUAACAGUUCGGUGAGUAUUGCGGUUUUUGGGGUCAUGGUUCGGUUACGGUACAGCAGGAAAAUGAAAUGCCAACAAUUACUGUAAUUAAUUUCAGUUUAUUUGGCAAAAUACGCCAAAUUAAAAAGCAGCCAUUCACAAUGUUCCUGGCAUUGUCUGUUGUGACGGGGAUUGUUGUGUUGGGCCUCAAGUAGAGGUCUAAAAAGUUGGACCCGUUCCGAAACGGACCUGGGGCUUUCCCAUCCGGACAAAUAUGCAUAAAUACAUUUUUCAAUAUAGAAACCCAUUCUGAACGGACCCGAGGACGACCAGUUCUGUAUAGAAGUGGUCGGAUCCGAGUGAGGGAAGCAGCAGAAAAGUCUGUUUGUAAAAUAUUUUAUUAACUAGAGCUGAUAAAGCGCGAGGGAGAGGAUGGCUGGCUAAACGUUGAAGAGUCUUGACCAGAGUUGGAAGAGGCAGUGGGUCGUCUGGACGGUUUGCAGGAACAUAUGGCGGAUAGUUGGAGAUUGCAGCGAGUAGUGCGGACGAAGUGGAGGAAAUGGAAAAAAGGUUGGAGAAGCAAAGGCUGUGCUGGAAUGUGAACAAUAUGGGUGUCAGUUCUGAUGAUAUGGAUCGGGAGGAUGAGGGUCAAGGAUCUGAAUGGUUGGUAGUGGAAAGACAGGAAGAAGAGCGAGGAUGAUCCUAAAAGCAGUGGAGUGUCUAGUAUAGAAAGCAUAAAGUGGGCCAAGCUAGGAAGCAAUAGUAGUGAUGUGUUGGAGUGGAAAGUUGUGAUGGUGUUUGAUGAGACCAUAGGGCCUCAUUUACACCCUAUCCGAUUAACCAAUAUCGUAGAGAAAGAGAUAGGUGAAGUCAAACUAGCCCGGUUCAUUGGAAAUUAUAGAUUGCAAAUAUUUUGUAGUAGCCAGGCUCAGCAAGGGAUGAUUCUGCAAAUGGAAAAGCUUAAUGGGAAGAAUAUUAAAAGCCAUGUCCCUGGUGCUUAUGCUAGUUUGAGGGGAGUCAUCACUGGGGUCCCAAUAGAGGGUCAAAGAAGUGAAAGCUUAUCAGUGUUGCUGAGGUUUGAGAAGGUUUUGCCUGGAAAAGUACAGAUAGGAUCCAUUAGUUUCAGUGUCAGAGAAUUUGUCCCAUCCCCAUUGCAGUGUUUUAAGUUUAGAAUUAUUUUUACAACCUUGUUUUUACGGAAUAGCCCAGCAUGUUUUUUCAGCUCAGAUUUACUUACGAGGCAAUGGAAUAUAUCGCAGCAUAGGCAUGCAUAGCCUAUAGGCCUAGUGUUUAUUUUUCAUUUACUUUUUAAAAAUUCAUUUGGGUUCACAGUGCGGACCAAACCGAUGUCCCCGUACCAAACAGUACCGUUACAGCCCUAAUGUACACUCUUAGAAAAAAGGGUUCCAAAAGGGUUCUUUGGCUGUCGCCAUAGGUGAACCCUUUUUGGUUCCAGGUAGAACCCUUUUUGGUUCAAGGUAGAACUCUUUUGGGUUUUGUGUAGAACCCUCUGUUGAAAUGGUUUUACAUGGAGCCCAAAAGGGUUCUACCUGGAACCAAAAAGGGUUUUUCAAAGGGUUCUCCUAUGGGGACAGCUGAAUAACCGUUUAAGGUUCUAGAUAGCACCUUUUUUUCUAAGAGUGUAUGCGUGUGUAGGUAGGUAGGCUAUGUGAAUGCAUCAGACAUGUGCUAUUAUUAGUGUCUGUGCUUGACAACAUAGUACAUGUGUAAUAAUGCCCUCUACCAUAUUCACAAAGCCUCCUAACAUCCAGAACCUUCAGGGAGAGGACAGUCAGGGCUGUUUUGGCCAGGAGCUAUUUGCAGUAGCAGGGGUCCUCUCUCUCUCUCUCUCUCUCUCGCUAUCGCUAUAAGCUCAGAUAAUCCUCGAUCUCUCUACUCAUCUCUCGACCCGUCUCUCUAGGAUCAAUAGCUCUGCUCUCGAGCUUCAAGAUCCACGCUCUCGCCUCUCGCUCUCUCUCUCAUCUCUCUCUAUCUCCUCGUCUCUCUCUCUCUCUCUCUCUCUCUCUCGUACUCUCUCUCUCUCUCUCUCUCUCUCUCUCUCUCUCUCUCUCUCUCUCUCUCUCUCGUUCUCUCUCGCUGGACCUGAUUUACCAGAUGAGAGGAGGAUGCUCUACUGUGUUAGACGUGAUAGAGCAGCAUGCUGUUAUUUCUUGGUAGUCAUUUCCAAGCCUUUGCUUGUAAUUCCACUGUUCAGUAAAGGUAAUCAAUAGAAUAAUCAAUAUUAGGUAUCACUAAUGCAUAAACUCCACUAUGUAAUGGCUCCUUGAGAUUCUAAUUCUUGCAGAAUUUGUCUGUAGAGGCUUUAGGCGUCACUGCUGGUGUAAGCUGUCCAGCAAAACAUGUUCCUCUCACACACAUAGCCAAAGGCUAGUGACUCAAUAUGCUCGGGGACUUCUCUAAAUACCACAAGCAGGAGAAUGGUAGCAUAGUUCUGCAUAGCCAAUUUGUAGCAGUGAACAACAAUGAAUGUCAGCUCAAAGUUCAAAGUUAAGUCAUCCAAAAUGUACUUUCUGGCAGUACAAAGAGGCUUGUGCAGGCAGCCUGGUUAGGCCAUAGGAUUUGAUUGAAUUGAGGUUUGCUAGUGAAGCAUAGCAAGUGUGACUGACUGGGUUGGAACUUUAGGGCAUCUGUGUGUCACGACAAUACUUUGUUAGUCCACUGAGCUAAAGCCUAGGCAUUAGGGCCUUAAGCAAGGUCCUCUGCAGAGCACAAAGAGAGCCUGGGGAAGCAGGCUGGAGGCUGCUGAUUGAGUCAGGGGAGGAGAGGGUGAGGGGAGUUGGAGGAGAGGGUGAGAGGAGGUGGAGGAGAUGAGAGGGGGAGAGAGGGAGGAGAGGGGAAGGAGAAGGGGGGGAGGGAGGAGAGGGGGAGAGGAGACUAUGCAUGUAACAAACAUUUACUGCAUAUAUGGGAAAGUGAGGAAGGAGAGAAGGGACAAAGAGAUGAGGGGAGGAGAGAGGUGGAGGAAAUAGUGUGUGUGUUCAUGGUGUGUGCACCCCCAAUACACAGCCAGUUAGCAAUAGAGUCUCUAAGAAAACAGAAUGAGACUUAUUUGUUCUCAAAUCUAGUUCAUGUCCCUCAACCACCUUUCCCUUCUAAAGGAAUGGAGAUUACCCUACUGUUCCCCCAUCCACCUCUGAACUACUUGUACACUGGACCUGCGACAGUACAGGGAUAAGGCUGAUACAGCCUCAUACACACCCUAUAAUGCAGUUAUAUAACAACCACAGCAUUGUGUUCAUAUCUAGAGGACGUGAGUAGAGCUCAAACAGACUGAGAAUCUAUGACUAUGUACAGAGAAUACCCCUGCUCAAGCAAACCGCUGAUUCGACUGCAAUUACUCUGAGGCUACAGUAUCAUUGUUUAAUCGAGCAAUGUGUGCUCAUGUUAUGAGAGUAUUUGUUCACUGUCAUGCUCAAAAUACUUGUGGAAAAUUAUUGUUGUUUUGAUGUGUUUCUGUGUGUUUGAAUGCUCUGCGUGUGCUCAGUAGACACACAACUGGAAAAAGAGAUAUGAAACAGAUGAAGUCCUACCUGAAGUUGUCCAAUAUGAAACACCCAUUUUAUUUUCCUGGUUCAAACUGUUUUGCUACAUUGUGGCCUGCUGAACAUGACCCAUGCCUGUCCUGGGUGUUGUGUCUCUGUGAAGAGGGCAGCACGUAUGAGGAGAGCAUCGGCAAUGAGGGCAGUGUCUUUAGCGACAAAGCCUUCUGCAGACAGAGUGAAGGUAGGCUUCUGUCUUUCCCAUUCUUAAGUAUUUAAUGUCUUUGUUUAUAUAUGCCCUACCAUCCCUCCCCUGAUUGGAGUAAACUAAAGGACAACAAUACUUCUACUGCUACUUACAGCUAUUUUCGCUCACAUCAACGGUACCUGUAGUUAAAUAAUUAUACCUCAUUUCCUCUUUCGUCAAGUAUUUAAUGUCUUUAUUGAAAGAGCAGAUAGACUGAAAAACAGACCAACAAAACACUAAGUGACAGAAUUAAAAAGCCAUUUUGGGCUGUCCAAUGUAGACAUUUUCAAAUACAUGCAACUUAAAAGUUUAUAUCACGAAAUGUAGAUCUGAAAUAUUUUAGACAUAAUAGACAUCAGAGCAAUGUUGAGGAAAUCCUAUUUAAGCCAGGAAUGGAUGUUCAUAUGAUAGGGAAGAUAUACAAAACCUUACAGAGAGCCUAUCCAACUGACAAUCUCUAUGAAAAAAAUAUAAACUAUUGGAACCAAGACUUAAAAAGAACAGAUAUUGGCACAAGAUGGAGGGAAUGUUGGAACAUACACUGAGUAUACAAAACAUUAAAAACACCUGUUCUUUCCAUGACAUCAACUGACCAGGUGAAUCCAGGUGAAAGCUAUGAUCCCCUAUUGAUGUCACAUGUUAAAUCCACUUCAGUCAGUGUAGAUGAAGGGGAGGAGACAGGUUAAAGAAGGAUUUUUAAGCCUUGAGACAAUUGAGACAUGGAUUAUGUAGGUGUGCCAUUCAGAGGGUGAAUGGGCAAGACAAAAGAUUUAAUUGCCUUUGAACGGGGUAUGGUAGUAGGUGCCAGGUGCACCAGUUUAUGUCAGGAAUUGCAACGCUGCUGGGUUUUUCACGCCCAACAGUUUCCCGUGUGUAUCAAAAAUGGUCCACCACCCAAAGGACAUCCAUCCAUCUUGACACAACUGUGGUAGGCAUUGGAGUCCACAUGGGCCAGCAUCUCUGUGGAACACUUUCGACAACUUGUAGAGUCAAUGCCCCGACAAAUUGAGGCUGUUCUGAGGGCAAAAGGAGGAGGGUUGCAACUCCAUAUUAGGAAGGUGUUCUUAAUGUUUGGUAUACUCAGUGUAACUAAUGCAAUUACAGUUAACGAUAAAUGUAAGCUUAAUCCAGUAUAAAACUAAUGUAUAGAAUGUAUUAUAUAAUAGACACAAUUCACAAAUUCUACAGCACAAUGGUGUAAAAUUAACAAUGACUCAUGCCUUUUGGGGGUGCUAUAAAGUCCAAAAGUUAUGAGCGGAGUUAGAAAUUUGGCUGUCAGAAGUUUUACAAUGUAAAUGUACAUUUAAUCCGUCUAUAGCAUAUUUGAAGACAUGGUUUAUGAGGGCUGGACCAUACAUUUCUCGUCAAUCAUUUUGAAAAAACGUUUCUUUAUAAACUGGAAAUCAAAUGAUCCUCCAUUUACGUCCCGUGUAGCUCAGUUGGUAGAGCAUGGCGCUUGCAACGGCAGGGUUGUGGGUUUGUUUCCCACGGGGUGCCAGUAUGAAAAUGUAUGCACUCACUAACUGUAAGUCGCUCUGGAUAAGAGCGUCUGCUAAAUGACUAAAAUGUAAAUGUAAUGUAAAUGUAAAAGAAAACAAAUCUUUAAAAACAAAAACUAAGUACUACCACCCUCUGGUGGUUGGUGUGUGUUCAGCAAGACUUUAAUCUGAAGAGACUUCUCUCUAUUAUACCCACUUUCUCUUCUCAGAGCACAGCAUGGCAGAGACCUUCACAGUGGCACUGAGGGUGGCAGGGGAGGCCAUCUACAAGGCAGAGGGACACACCGACAAUCAGGUAACAUAUUCUGCGGGGGUCAGUCGGUCAGUCUGUCUGUCUGUCACUCAUAUGAUUCAGCGGGUAAAGGGAGAAAGCAAGACUUCUGAAGAUUGAUUAAGCUUUGCAUUACAAGAUUUGUAUUCAUUCUAAUUUGCUCAAAUGCAGAUUAAAUGUGCAGAUCAUUCAUAUACAAUUCAAUUUAUUUUGUACUGCCCUAAUUAAACAAACCCACUUCUACAUUAUUGUCCAUUUAAAUAUCGUAGCAUGCAGUAGUACUGUACCUCUUGUAACAGACUAGCCGAGCAGUGACACAGUCAUCUUCUGCACCUACUCACUCCUUUAAUCUGUAAAAUGUUUCAUAUCCAAAACCACUUUUUAAAACAGUUUACAGGAUAUUAUUUUAUAUUUAGAGUUUAUGUUUAAAAGAGUCAUCAUCUUAUCGACUGUCUAUCUGACUUGGUUGUUGUUCUCUCUAGGAUAUGCAGAGCGAGGCGAGGUAUUUGCGGGACCUCAGGGAGGAGCUGAUUGAGGAACUGGCCACAACCAUCGCACAGAAAGUAAUUUAAUUUCAAUUCAAUUAAACUCAACUCAACUCAAUUCCAUCCUAGAUCAUCCGACGGAGGAAGAACCUGGUUGAGAUGAAGCCAGACUAUGACCUGGACUGGCCCCCAAACAACCAGAGUGGUGACCAGCCCUUGGCUUCAAGCUGCCCCAGCUCCCAGAUCACCACAUCAGCCCGUGCCAAGGCCUCUCUAUGGGUAAGCAUGGAGCGUAAGGUGGUUCAGGGAACUACGCUUAUGUGAUCGGUAACCUUGCCUAGGCUUUAGUUCAGAGGGCUAACACAGUCUUGUGGUGUGCAGAGAACCCAGGUGUUGAACCUCGAUAGCCAGGCUUCUUCAUGUUUGUUCAGAAAGCCGAGUGAUAAACGAGACUUGGAAGCAUGGUGACUCGAGACUAUGGGUUGCCCAACAUGAAGACUUGUGUUAGCUGAUGACCAGGCUUUAGCUUAGCAGGCUAACACUGUUAAAAACCCAGUCUGUCACAUAAGACCAGAACAUAUAUAUGGAGUGUGACAUAUGUUGGUUAUCUUUACCUCUCUUUACCCAUAUUUAAUUCUGUGUAUUUACCUCUGCGGUCUCCCUCUGCUUCCCUUCUGGAUGACAACGUUGUGAUGCAGUGCUCUGGGGUUUCCCAGGACUCUCAGCAGGGGCUGAAGGAGGAGGGAGGAGCGGCAGGGUUGGCCAGCUGGAAGAGUGUUGACCACCUGGACGACUCCAGUAAGAGCCUGCUGGCCACUGCAAUUUACUAUUCACACACAUCUUUACAAAUGUCUUUAGUACACACACCUUAUGUAAUACGUUUCAGAGUUACCUGUUAGUGAUGUACUCUAGCUAAAGACUGGUGGCUAAAGGCUUCCUCCUUUGUGGUUGUGUUUCCGCCUGUCUAUCUGCUGUGUGUGUGUGUGUGUGCGUGCAUCUGUGCAUGUGUGUGUAUGUGUGUUUACAUGUCUGUCUGUGGUGGUGUGUGUGUGUGUGGCAUCUAUCUACCCUUGUGUGUGUGAGGUGCAUCCUCAGUGCUGAAGAGCCCUUACGGGAAUUGGAUCGCCUUGCAGAGCACCCAGCUGUCUCGGCCCAGCCUGCUGACCAAGUGGAAGUUGCUGGUAUUCAGUGUCCUGGAGUGGGAGUUCGGUGUGAUAUCCGCCUACAAUGAAAUGGGCUCUGACGACGCUGAGGGGGGUGAAGGGGCCUGGGGUGCUGCCCUGCUGGAGAUAAGCAGGAAAAUGACCUCCAACGCCAACAACAACCAGGGGUCAGAGGCUCCAGACACCCAGGCCUCUGCUGGCCAGCAGCCCAGCAUCCCAUCACACUCGCUGGGCCACCACGCCAGCACCGACACCCUCAACUUCGAGUCUGAGGUAGGAGAAGGUCAGGUUGAAUGUCAAGGGUCAAAACUCCAGAAGCCUCAUCUCGCCUUCCUGAAGAGAGAAAGAGAUCAGGAGGAGGAGAGGUUAUGGCAGAUGGAGGUGGAGAUAGCGGGAGGGAGAGCGGAGGAGAGUAAAAAGGAGAAGAGGACAAAGUAGAGGGAGGGCGAUGGAGGAGGAGAGCUGAGGUCGACACUUAUCAAUCUGGCUAGUCAGGUCAGAGGCACAGAGCUCACAUCCACUGAAGAUGAGUUGGACAGAGUGGGUAGGUGGGAGGAGGAAUGGGAGGAAGAGAGGAAGGAGGAGAGCAGAAGAGAGGGAGGGAGAAGGGGGAGAGGAGAGGAGCUCACCAUCAAGUUGCAUAUGCUGGCUAGCCAAUUCACACAGUUGUCAUCAACAGAGGAUGAGCUUGACCGAGUGGGUCUCAGCAAUGAAGAGAUGGAGGAGAAGAGAGAAAGAGAGAGUGAGGGAGAGAAGGAAGAGCUGACAUCCAAACUGUGUAGACUGGCUAGACAGGUCAAUGCCAUGCAGUUUUCAUCCACAGAGGAUUAACUGGAUAGAGUGUGUGGAGAGAGGGAGGAGGAGAGAGGGAGGAGAGAGAAGGAGGAGGAGAGAGGGAGGAGAUAGACGGAGGAGGAGAGAGGGAGGAGAUAGAUGUGGAGGAGAGAGGGGGGAGAGGAGGAGGAGGAGGAAAGGGAGGAGAGGAGGAGAGAGAGGGAGGAAGGAGGAGGAGAGGAGGGAGGAGAGGAAGGAGAGGAGGAGAGAGAGGGAGGAGGGGAGAGGGAGGAGGACGAGGGAGGAGAGAGAGGAGGAGAAGAGGAGGAGGAGAGAGGGGGAGGAGGGAGGAGAGAGAGGAAGGAGGAGAGAGGGAGGGAAGGAUGAGGAAGAGAGGAGGGAGAUGGAGGAGAGGAGGAGAGAAGGGAGGGAGGAGAGGAGGAGAGAGAGGGGAGAAAGGGAGAGAGAGAGGGAGGAGAGAGACAGGAGGAGAGGAGAGAGGGAGAGGAGAAGAUGGGGAGAGAAGAGAGAAGGAGAGGGGAGAGAGACGGGAGAGAGGGAGGAGAGAGGGAGGGAGAAAGAAGGAGGAGGGAGGAGAGAGGGAGGAGAUAGACGGAGGAGGAGAGAGGGAGGAGAUAGAGAGGAGGAGAGAGGGAGGAGAGAGACAGAGGAGGAGAGAGGGAGGAGAGAGACGGAGGAGGAGAGAGGGAGGAGAGAGACGGAGGAGGAGAGAGGGAGGAGAGAGGGAGGAGGAGGAGGAGGAGAGGAGGAGAGGGAGAGAUAG